CCUGCCCUGCCGCUUCCCUGCGCCGUCCGUGUGGUAUUUGCACGGAGCCCCUUUCCUUCGGGUGAGAACUUGACGCCUGUCUUUCCUGCCUAGAGUGCCUUCCUUCAGCCAACGAUGAAAACAUGUUCAGAAAAGGAAAGAAACGACACAGCAGCAGCAGCUCACAAAGCAGUGAGAUCAGUACGAAAAGCAAGGUUUGGAAUGAUCAGUUGCAUAUUCUGGAUUUUCCAAGGUGCCGUUUCACUUCCCUUGCACUGCUAUGUUAUUGCAAGCGUUGGUGACAAGCAUGUAGUUGUCAAUUUCUUCAAGUUAAGAUGCAGUACCAGAAAAGUCUGGACGUAACCUUAAGUCUGUAGAUUCCAGUCUUGGGGGACUUUCCAGGUCCAGUACUGUGGCAAGUCUCGAUACAGACUCCACAAAAAGCUCAGGACAGAGCAAUAGUAAUUCUGACACAUGUGCAGAAUUCAGAGUUAAGUAUGUUGGUGCCAUUGAAAAACUGAAACAUAACGAGAGCAAAAAUCUAGAAGGGCCAUUGGACUUGAUAAAUUACAUAGAUGUUGCCCAGGUGAAGAGGAGUUUAUAAUGGGCGUUUCCAAAUAUGGCAUCAAAGUUUCAACAUCUGACCAGUAUGAUGUGUUACACAGGCAUGCUCUCUAUUUAAUUGUACGGAUGGUCUGCUAUGAUGAUGGUCUGGGAGCAGGAAAGAGCUUACUGGCUUUGAAGACAACAGAUGCAGCCUCUGAAGAAUGCAGCCUCUGGGUAUAUCAGUGCAGUAGUUUGGAACAAGCACAAGCUAUUUGCAAAGUGUUAUCCACGGCCUUUGAUUCUGUUUUGAUGUCGGAGAAGUCCUGAUGUACUGUACGGUCACGUGCUGCUGCAGAACAAGAGGCCUUUGUGCGAGGAGGAAAUGGGGCUCUGUGAUACCCCAGGCUGGCUGCAGCCACACACAAACUCAGCAAAGACUUGCUGUGCAGAGGAGAGCCGUGCAACGGUGUGCGUGGUACUUCAUCACUCCCCAGACGUGACUUGAAGAAACUAUUCCACCACAGCUGUUUCCAGAACAAUGCAGAAUUUUAUAUUUAACAUGGAUUUUUUUUUUCCCUGAAUCGUUUUGUAUAUUGAUGUCAAUACUGUAGAAAUGUAAAAUAAAAGCGACACUUGCUUCUAU